GCCUCUGUAUGUAAGGGACGAGCGAACCUGAUCCAGAAGAAACGAUCCUGAUCGUGAGCGAUUCGUGCAUACGGGAGUCACGCGUCGAUCGAGGUAGCCGUCGGUGGAAAGUGAGAUCGGGGAGCCGCGAGUAACGCACGUCCGUUGCGAUGGAAUCGGUAUAGCGCGCCGCUCCGACAAGCUGCUCGAACUCAGAGAGCCGAUAGAUCCCGCUCUAACGGUCGCGACAAGUAACUACGCAAUUCCUUUCCGGACUGUUCCUGAGUUCGGUUGUACCCAUCAGCAUGAGUGGAACAGCAGUCCAGCGUCCGAAAAAACUCGAGACGCGAAGUUCGGCGGACAAUGGCGUCAAAUCGAAGAAUCCCAGGAGUGCCUCUCUGUCUCCCCAGAGAAUUCACAACGGAGUUGGUCUCUCCGUAGCGCCUGCUCCCGCCAACCAUAAGUCUCGAUCCGCAUCCCAAGCAAGAGUGCCAAUAUCGAAAGUUCAGGUCGGGACCGCCCCACCGCCGAACCUCAAUAGCGUCAAAUCUAGAAUCGGAUCCAUGGACAAUGUAAAACAUCGACCGCAAGGAGGCAACGUGAAGGUCGGAACCCAGAAGCUGGAGUGGAGCGUGAAUGCUCGUAUUGGCUCGCUGCAGAAUGCAACCCACAAGCCGGGCGGUGGUGACAAGAAAAUAGUGACGCAAAAGGUCGAGAUCAAAGCUCAGAGCAAAAUCGGAUCGUUGGAGAACGCCACCUACCAACCUGGAGGCGGUAGAGUGAAGGUUGAGAGCCGCAAACUGGAUUUCAAGAACAAAGCGCAAUCUAAGGUGGGAUCCAUGGAUAAUAUGAAACAUGUUCCCGGAGGAGGAAACGUACAGAUAUUCGAUCAGAAGUACACUUCUGGCGGCAAGAGGGCUUCUUCAGCUUGCUCGGAGAACUCUAACGAUAAGGGAUCCCUCCCCCAAACGCCAACGCCUCAAACUGAGACUGCCGGAGCCCACUAGAAAUUUUAUUCAGAUCAACGAAAUGGAAUGCGAUGAAGAAAUCAAAAGAUGUGUAUUUGUGUACAUCAAAUCGAACAGAGAAGCUUUCUCUCGGCCAUGAGCCAUGGCCAUGAGUGAUGAACUGAUC